AUUUUAUUCCCAACCAAAUGGAGGAGAAGCUAACCGUACCCUCUAUAAUAGUACCACUUCUUAAAGUCCGGAGUGUGAAGUCCAAUGUUAGCAACCGUGUCUCCAGAACCUAAUUUGUGGAAAUAGUGAUACACAUGUGUGCCUAUGUAUAAUUUGUACUUUUUUUGUGAGUUGAGAGACAGGAAGAAGAAACAUGGAGGUAAACCACAAGGAGAAGGUGGUGGAGAGGAGCAAGAGGGUUAAAGGGAGAGUGGUUUUGAUGAAGAAGGGUCUGUUGGAUUUCCACGACAUCAAAGCCAACGUUCUUGAUCGAGUUCACGAGUUGUUGGGCAAGGGUGUCUCUCUUCAGCUCAUUAGUGCUACUACUCCUGACCCAGCAAAGGGGCUGCAAGGGAAGCACGGAAAGGUCGCAUAUUUGGAGAGAUGGGUUUCGACCAUUUCGUCUCUGACAAGUGCAGCAGAUACAGAGUUUUUGGUUUCAUUUGAUUGGGAUGAGAAGAUAGGAGUUCCGGGGGCGUUCAUAAUAAGGAACCAUCACCACAGUCAAUUCUACCUAAAGACUGUGACCAUAGAAGACAUUCCUGGGCAUGGUCCUGUUCAUUUUGUCUGCAAUUCUUGGGUCUACCCUUCUCAUCGCUAUGCCUAUGAUCGUGUCUUCUUCGCCAACAAGGCUUAUCUUCCAUGUGAAACACCCGAGGCACUGCGCAAGUUGAGGGAACAAGAACUAAUAGCUCUCCGAGGGAAAGGAUACGGCAAGCUUAAUGAGUGGGACAGAGUUUAUGACUAUGCUUACUACAAUGAUUUGGGAACACCAGAUGAUGGUCCACCAUAUGCACGCCCUGUUCUUGGUGGAUCACACUUUCCAUAUCCUCGUAGAGGAAGAACUAGUCGUCCACAUACCAAAACAGAUCCCAAAACUGAGUCAAGAUUGCAUCUUCUUAAUCUAAACGUUUAUGUGCCGAGGGAUGAACAGUUUGGGCACGUCAAGUUUUCAGAUUUCCUGGCUUACGCACUCAAAUCCGUUGCUCAGGUCUUGCUUCCAGAGAUUAAAUCUCUGUGUGACAAAACUAUCAAUGAGUUUGACACCUUUGAAGAUGUACUUAAUAUUUAUGAGGGAAGUAUUAAGCUGCCGAGUGCACCUACGGUGAGUAAACUUAGAGAACUUGUUCCCUAUGAGCUGGUCAGAGAACUUAUUAGGAAUGAUGGUGAGAGAUUCCUCAAAUUCCCAGUGCCUGACGUCAUCAAAGCGAGUAAGACUGCAUGGAGGACAGAUGAGGAAUUUGCAAGGGAAAUGCUUGCUGGGGUCAACCCUGUUAUUAUCCGUCGUCUGCAAGAAUUUCCCCCAGCCAGCAAGCUAGACCCCAGACUCUAUGGAGACCAAACUAGCUCCAUCAGAGCAACGCACAUAGAAGAUAGUUUGGAUGGACUCACAAUAGAUGAGGCAAUUCGUGCAAUGAGGCUAUUUAUACUAGAUCACCACGACGCACUGAUGCCAUACAUAAGUCGAAUAAACUCUACCAACACAAAGACUUAUGCCUCUAGAACACUCCUGUUUCUACAAGAUGACGGUACACUAAAGCCACUGGCUAUAGAGUUAAGUUUACCCCAUCCACAAGGGGAUCAACAUGGAGCUGUGAGCAAAGUUUUCACUGCAGCACAAGAAGGAGUAGCGGCUUCAGUGUGGCAGCUGGCUAAAGCUUAUGCAGCUGUGAACGAUUCGGGAUAUCAUCAAUUGGUUAGCCAUUGGUUAUACACUCACGCAGUAAUUGAACCGUUCAUAAUAGCCACAAACAGGCAGUUGAGUAUUCUCCACCCGUUACACAAGCUCUUGAAGCCACACUUCAGGGACACAAUGCAUAUAAAUGCCUUAGCUAGGCACACGCUCAUCAAUGCUGGAGGGGUGCUAGAGAAAACAGUUUUCCCUGGUAAAUUCGCCUUGGAAAUGUCAUCUAUUAUAUACAAAAGUUGGGAUUUCACCCAGCAAGCACUGCCUGCUGAUCUUCUGAAGAGGGGAAUGGCAGUUCCUGAUUCAAGCUGCCGUCAUGGACUUAAACUUGUGAUAGAGGAUUAUCCGUUUGCUGUGGACGGGCUAGAAAUCUGGGAUGCAAUUGAAACAUGGGUGACUGAAUAUUGCAACUUCUAUUACACAUCUAAUGACAUGGUUGAGGAAGACUAUGAACUUCAGAAUUGGUGGAAAGAGAUCCGCAAUGAGGGUCAUGGUGACUUAAAAGAUAGGGCAUGGUGGCCAGAGAUGAAGACUAGAGAGGAACUGAUUCAAUCAUGCACCAUCAUCAUCUGGCUGGCUUCUGCAUUCCAUGCAGCUGUGAAUUUCGGACAGUACCCUUUUGCUGGCUACCUCCCUAAUCGUCCAACAGUGAGUCGUAGGUUCAUGCCUGAGCCAGGUACCCCAGAAUAUGAGGAGCUUAAGUCAGACCCUGACUUGGCAUUCCUGAAAACAAUCACUGCGCAGUUCCAAACUCUCCUCGGUGUCUCACUGAUAGAAGUUCUAUCCAGACACUCAACUGAAGAGGUUUACCUUGGGCAGAGUGAAAAUCCUGAAUGGACCUUAGAUGCUGAAGCAUUGGCAGCAUUUGAGAGGUUCAGAAAGAAGCUGUUGAAAAUUGAGAACAAUAUUUUGGAAAGGAACAAGGACGAGAGAUUGAAAAACAGGAAUGGGCCAGUGAAGAUGCCUUACACACUUCUCUAUCCCAACACAUCAGAUUAUUCUAGGGAGGGUGGACUCACUGGCAAGGGAAUCCCCAAUAGUAUAUCUAUCUAAAACUCCAUUACUAGAUUCUAUCUUCUCAUUCAAUUCUAGCCAACUAAGGAAUAUGGGGAUGUCGAAUAAACAUUUUCGUUCGUACGUAUAUCGUGAUUAUUUUUCUAGCAAUUUAUUCUAUUGUUAUGGCAAUACUAGAGUGUGUAUAAUAUAUAACAUUAUUUGUAUUCAAAUAAUCAUGCUGCCACUGCUUUAAUUGGUUCAGGCUUCUUGUGUAAUCU